AUGGGUUGCACCAUGUCACAGGAAGAGCGGGCGGCUCUUGAGCGUUCCAGAAUGAUAGAGAAGAAUCUCAAGGAAGACGGUAUGCAAGCCGCCAAGGAUAUCAAAUUGCUGUUGUUGGGUGCUGGUGAAUCUGGGAAAUCCACGAUCGUGAAGCAGAUGAAAAUCAUUCAUGAAUCUGGUUUCACAGCCGAAGACUACAAGCAGUACAAGCCCGUGGUGUACAGCAAUACAGUACAGUCACUGGUUGCUAUUCUGCGAGCGAUGGCCAAUCUUUCAGUGCCGUUCGGCUCUUCCGACAGAGAGGUUGAUGCAAAACUUGUUAUGGACGUUGUUGCCCGAAUGGAAGACACUGAACCGUUCAGUGAAGAAUUGCUGUUGGCAAUGAAAAGGCUUUGGGCUGACAGCGGUGUGCAGGAAUGUUUUGCCCGAAGUAAUGAGUAUCAACUUAAUGAUUCUGCCAAGUAUUUCCUUGAUGAUCUGGAGCGAUUAGGAGAAGCAACUUAUCAACCAACAGAGCAAGAUAUACUACGAACCCGGGUGAAAACCACUGGUAUUGUCGAAGUCCAUUUUACAUUCAAGAACCUCAAUUUCAAGUUGUUUGAUGUUGGUGGACAGCGGUCGGAACGAAAAAAAUGGAUUCACUGCUUCGAAGAUGUCACGGCGAUCAUCUUUUGCGUAGCCAUGUCCGAAUACGACCAGGUGCUCCACGAAGACGAAACCACGAAUCGAAUGCACGAAUCUCUAAAGUUAUUCGAUUCGAUUUGCAACAAUAAAUGGUUCACGGAUACGUCAAUUAUUCUUUUUUUGAACAAAAAGGAUCUCUUUGAGGAGAAAAUCAAGAAAAGCCCGCUCACUAUAUGUUUCCCGGAAUAUUCAGGUCGACAGGACUAUCACGAAGCAUCCGCGUAUAUUCAAGCACAAUUUGAGGCGAAAAAUAAAUCAGCAAAUAAGGAGAUAUACUGUCAUAUGACAUGCGCGACGGACACGACGAACAUUCAGUUCGUAUUUGACGCCGUCACCGACGUUAUCAUCGCUAACAACCUACGCGGAUGCGGUCUCUACUAG